AUGGUUGUGAAACAAGCUUUUGGCGCCGCACUGUGGUCCCUCGAGACGGCGAAGGGCGCCGUUCAAACGCUGCUGAGCCCGAAUGCGCCGAUCCCGAAGACUGAGCUGCACCCACGGAUGAUGGCCCGUCCCUGGACAGCUGCCGAAUACUUGCGCAUGUGGUCAUGGCGUUACAACUGGAAGUACAUCCCGGUCUUCCGCUUCUACAUCUACUCGGCAGUGAUUGUCUACGGCAUCUACAAAUUCGUGUUGCCAAUCAAGCCCCGUCAUCGCAUCGCUUACGCGAAAGGAAAGGACGAUCAUCACCAUCACGAGGUCGCUCACUGGUACGGCAUCCGCCAGCAGCACCAGGACAAGGAAUAUUUCAAGAAGUACAACCCCCUCAAGAAGCCCGGUGAGGUCGAGCCGCCCGGGCGCAUUGAAGACAAUUUCGACAUCGUCUUGCUGAAGCGGUUGCUGGCACAGCUGGUCGCGUCAGCAGAUGUUUUGAUUGUUGAGCUCGAACGGCUGCUGAGCUCUGACCCGGUAAAGUUCGAGAAUGCUUGGGCGGACUUCGCGUGGCCUUGCCUUACCCUGGCCACGAUGCUGCGGGAUCGGACUGGGGACCGUGAGAUUGCUGAACUGGAAGAGCGACUAAAUAUUACUAUCGUCACGCUGGUCAACCUUUGGCGAAACCCGAUCCAAGUUGACAGUAAUAGCCUCGACGUCAACUACCAGUGGCAACAAUUCAAUGCGCUCCUUACCGCCACGCUGCAGUCGAUCCACGCGAUCUAUUCGCGCGGUGAGGUGCACCGCGAUUUAUACAGGGAGAUCCAGCAUUUCAAGCAGAAUGAGCUGGCCGUCUGCUUGCUCAACUUUAAGCAAUUCUGCUUCGAGUAUUCCAAAGAGAUUCUACCAUUACUUCGCGAAAGCCAAAUGGAGAGGGUGUCGCUGUGCAAGCCGAUUCCCGUAAAUCUGGUGGCCAGAGCCGAGAAUUAUUUCUCAAAAAUUAUUUACUGUAUGGGAAUUAUGGUGGCCAGAUUGCAGGGUUUCCGGUAUUGGCAUUUUGCCGGCGUUGAACCGGUUCGCCCAAUGAUCGAUUCGGUGGCGAGCGUUGUGGAACAAUUGCUGGCUGAAUGUCUCUUCUGCAGCGAGCCGAGAGCCUCCCCGAUCUUGGUCACGAACAACCUCUUCCCCUUCCGCUCAGGCUGCCUGGCCAAGGGCCCCAUCUUUCAUUCAUUUACGAUCCAAAUUAUCGGCGAGGAAACCGCGCAAAUCAUUCAGGAUGAGCUGCGGUAUCUAGGUUCGAAUCUGGGGCUGCCCAGCUCGGUGUUGAGCUCUCGGUCGUUCCCAUCGGCCGCUCUGCUAGCGAUGAAGCCCACUUCGGGAACGAAGCGCAAUAACUCGACGGCAAAUGCUGACGGCGGAAAUACGGCCCACAAAAAAUCCGACGUCAACUCGAAGGAAAGCGUUCAACUAGCGGCUACGUUUUCGGAGAAGCACGGCACCUGGACGGCUUCAUAUCCGCAUCUAUUGUGCACAACACGGCAGAAGGACACGACACUCCUCGAUACACGAUCGAAUCAAAUCGGCAAGCGAUCGCUGUUUUAUUUUUAUAUUCGAGGUCGUCUUUUCUCGCCGCGAGGGCCCAUGGCCGACGUCUACACCCUCAGCCUACCAUUUACGAUUGCCACGCGGCGGAAUCAGGAUUGCCAAGUACAACGUAUGAUUUCCUCGUACACUGCCACUUGUUUUUGGUUGUACGGCACCUGUUCCCUCGAUGGGCUGAUCCUUCGAUGGACCGAGGCCGAUAUAUCGUGGGAUCGAUUCAAGGAGUUGUACAAGGCCCAUUUUCGAGCAACGGCUGAGGUCAGCCGGGAUUUAUCCGAGUCCGACUUCACGUUGUUGGAGCAGAAAAUUUGCUGCAAAGAAUGCGGGCCGGCCGAGAAGCUCUUCCAGGAUGAGCGAGUAAUGGUGUCCUUCAAAAAUGUGAUGUGCCCUCAUCUACAAUAUGCUUCGGACAUCUGCACCAAGUUCAGCAUUUGGAGGGGAUUGUUGGAGAUUUUGCUGCUCUUCCAAGACGCGAAGACGGCGGUGAAAUCGCUGUGGGACGAGAAUUACCUGCUGGGAUUUUUGGAUUGCGACCGUGCCAAAAACCUGCUGCUCGCCCACAGCUCGGCCGCGCUUUGUUUUUAUUUAUCGUACGCCGCCGGGGGAUCGAUAUGUUUUGUUAUGAAGCGAAUGGAUGGGCGUAUCAUUCACCUGGAGCCGUUGGAUUUGAAAAAGUUGCAGUCGAAGAGUUUGAACGAGUAUGUGGCGGAUAUUGCGGCCGCGGAAAAUAUUCAUUUCUUGGUAAACGCCGACGGGAUGCUGGUGCCCAUUGACGAGCUGACGGCCAAGUACCCGCUUGGAAACGGGGCAAAACUUGGCAAGCAGGCCACCAGUAAUGUGACUCAUGCCGGCACGACGUCCGAUAUGAGGGAGAUGAGAUUCACGCCCGUGCGAAUAGCAGUCGUGACGUGCGGGGAUCAGCCGACGGAGCAGCCGAUGGAGAAGCCGAAGGGCCGGAUGAUGUCGCUGAACAAUAUGCCAUAUCUCAACCAGCCCGUCGGCCAGGUUUCUACACCGCCAAUCACGCCGGCUACCUAUUGUGCCAACAUGCUCCAAUCGACGCAGCUGCUCGGCUCCGAUUUUAACAGCCAACUCCGGCAACUGAUGAAAGCCUACGGAAAGGAGCCGGAAGAGGUGUGUGCCCAACUGCAGUACUUUAUCGGCUACGGCGGCAACGGGGAGCCGACGAACGGCGCGCUUCAUCCAUAUCCCGUGCAGCGACAGCAGUCCCUUGGAAUACCG